AUGGACAAAGAGCUCCGGAGACCAUUCACUUCACGUUCCCUCCCGGGUGAACGUUUUACUCCAAGUAGUCUACCUACCUCUCUAUCUAUCCCUACAACUUUUCAUUCCCCUAUAAUACCACCGACCGUGCAACAAACUAUCGGUCCCGAAGAUCAUUUUUCUAAACAUAGAAGAACUCGUCGAAGUCUUUCCACUUCUUCUUCUAGUCAAAGUUUACUCAAAAGAAGUUUAUCAUUUAAACCUCGAUCUCAAUCAAAUAUGUCCCCGGCUACCGAGAGUGACGCAAGUAAUAGGUCUUCAUUUGAUGACUUUGAUUAUUCUACUCCUGGUACUCCUUAUACUAGUCCAAAUUCUAGUUUGAAUUCGGGUUCAAAUUCAAGCAGCAGUUCUUUGAACAAUUUAUAUUUUGCUUUAUCGCCGGGUGCCUCAAAUCAUCAUGCUUUUCCUUUUUAUCAAAGAGAAAGGCAUCAUUCUUUAUUUGUAUUAUCUGGAAAAUCUAGUAGUCAAAAACCUUAUCAAUCAUUAAAUACUCCGUCUUUAUCUCAAUCUCAGCAAAUGUCUCAAUCACGUAAACCUUCCUUCCAAAAAUCUCCUGCUAAUCGUUUUUUUCCUGAUUUAUCUGUCGACGCUGAAGAAAAUCAUCUUAGUAAUUUACAUAUUAUUGAUGAAGGUGCCCCUGAAUUUACUUACCCAAAAGUUAAACGAAAACUUGUUAAAGAUCUCCAAGAGACAAAACGUAGAGCUGAUAAAAGUAUUGAGAAUAUUUUAGAUAAUUGGUAUAGGUCUUAUCAAUAUCAAGAACUUUUUGGUGAACCUUUAUAUGAUGAUGAUUAUGGUGGAAAUGAUUGCGAUAAUAAACGUGUGUCUUUUCAUUUUCAAAAAAAUAAUAAUCAAAAAGUUUCGGGUAAACCAAUGUCCAUUCCAGCCAUUAGUGACACUGAUGAUGAGACGUUUCCUUCAUCUAAACCUCCAUUAGAUAAUACUUCAAAAAAGGAUCGUAAAAUUUUUAAAAAUAAAAUGAUUAAUAAAAUGGAAUCUAUAUCAUUAAAUGGCGAUUCUAAACAAAGGAAUAUUCUUCCAAAAAGGAAAAAUUCCGAAAGGAGAAUGAUACGUUCUUAUAGUUGGCCUCCUACAAUUUUAACUUCAUCUCAUACUCAUCUAUUAACAAGAAUUGAUUAUAUUGCACGGCGUAUUCUCAAAACUGCUAUUCAUGAAUUAUUACAUUUUAAUGUUGCUGUCGAAAUCAUGAAAGAACUUCAAGAACUAAUAGAAUCUCAAAGAAAAAUGGCUGUUGGUAACGCUGAUGCUGAAGAAUUGUUGACAAAAUUAAUUUAUGUUUUUGCUGAUGUGGCAAGAGCCGUUGAGGCUGUGAAAAAUUCUUUUGCUGAAACAAAUCCCGAAUUUUCUGGGGAUGGUGUAAUAAAAGAUGAUAUGUUAACACCCGGUCAUGAAUGGUUAUUACCUUCACCUUUAUCAUCUCCAUCUCCACUUCCUUUAACCCCUUCAUCAUAUUCCCCUCCACGAACAUUAUUUCAAAUACAAGAACGACGUAAAUCUUAUGCCGAACUUGAUGGAAAUAUUAAAUCCCAUACCCUUUUACCACCUCCAUUAUAUUCGUCACCGUUGGCUCGUCACGUUACGACUCCUCCAAUAAUACGUGACCCAAUAGUUUCUCUCGAACAGCGUCGUGAACUUGCUAUGGAAGCUGUAUUUGAGAGUCCAAUAAUGUAUGUCUCCCCUCUCACAAAUAUGGAUGAGCAUUUUACUUGGAAUAGCUUAACAAGAAAACAAGUUGAUCAAAUGAUUCAUGAAGAAAUGAAUAGAGAAAUUGAUUAUGGUAUAAUAUUAAAAAAACAACAGGAUGUAGAUCCAGAAUCGAAGAAAAAAUCGAAAAAAUCGAAAAUGGUGAUUGGUUUUUUUAAGUCGUUAAAGAAUGCUUUUCAGAGUCCCUCAUCAUCUACUGCAGUAUCGCCUGCAGGAUCACCGACUAAAUCGAUCAUUCAACCAAGUCCCAUUCGUAACACGACUCAGCCACCUUCACCAAAUGAACAAUCUCGAACGCUUUCUAUCGACUCACGAUUAACUGCAGUAUCUCGUCGUAAUUCUUCGGUACAACUUAAAGGUGAUAAUAAUCUUAUUGGUAGUCACAGUGUCGCAACUCCAUAUUUUCAGGCUCCAAAUGAUUAUAUGUUGUGCCGUAUUUGUGAAGAAAUGAUUCCUAGUUAUGAAAUGGCCGCACAUUCUGAAACUUGUGCCAUUACAACAGAAUAUGCGAUUAAAUUAAAAGAAUGCGAUGGUAGACUUAAUAGAUUAGUUGGAGAUGUAUCGAAAAGAAAGAUUGAGCUGAUUGAAAAAAACGUAUCUUAUCAAGAUUAUUAUAAUAUAAAAGAUGCCGAGUUGAUGGAACAAAUCGGAUUAAAAGCUGCUGGCAUUAAGGAAACGUUAAACCGUCGAGAAGCACUUAGAAAAAGUGAAAAAUAUGCGACUAAGUUAGGACGUUUGGUAGAAGAUGUUGAAAAAAUCGCUACAAAGGAUGAAAAACUAUUAACUUAUGGAAAGCGAUUACUUCAUGUUGUCGAAGAGAAACAUGAAACAUUACAAGCAUACUUCCGAAAACUACGGUCAAUUAAAUCUGUUUCAAAUUGUGGAACACCCGUUAUUACUGCACCUUCCUCAGUUGUUAUAUCAACUCUAAUGGAAACUGCUGCUUUACAAAUACCUCAAAAAACUGCUCGAAAACAAUCAAUAUCAAGUAGAGUGUUGUCAACAUCUGCAUCAAGUAAAGCAUCAUCGAACUUUUUAUCAAGGCCUUCAAGUUCUUAUCGACAACGUAAUAAUAAUGGCCAAAAGGAUUUGGCAUUAUCUCAUAAACGGCAGGAAAGUACUGGAUCAAUUUCAUAUGAUUCAGAUAGUCCUUUACCUUCACGUAGUGGGAAAAAAUUGAUUUCUUUAUUUACCGCUAUUUUACGUGGAGUAAAUGGUCGUGGUAGUAACUCUCCGAGUAAGGAUGCUAACAAUUCUAAUUGUACAUCGGGAGCCAAGACCAGAGUUCCAAGUAUUCAAGAUUUUGAAAUAAUAAAGCCUAUUAGUCGAGGGGCUUUUGGUAAAGUUUAUCUUGCAAGAAAAAAGACAACUGGUGAUCUUUAUGCGAUAAAAAUUUUGAAAAAAGCAGAUAUGGUCCGCAAGAAUAUGGUAAAUCAUGUACUUGCGGAGAGAAGAGUUCUUAGUUUGACAAGAACUCCUUUUGUGGUUAAAUUGUUUUACGCGUUUCAAAGCCAGGAUUAUUUAUAUCUGGUAAUGGAAUAUCUAAUUGGUGGUGAUUUAUCAUCUCUUCUUCAAUGUUUUGAACGUUUUGAGGAAGAUAUGGCGCGUAUGUAUACAGCAGAAGUUGUAUUAGCGCUCGAAUAUCUCCACAAAAAUGGCAUAACCCAUCGGGACUUGAAACCUGACAAUAUGCUUAUUACCUCCGAAGGUCAUAUAAAACUUACUGAUUUUGGCUUGUCCAGGAUAUCAAUUCCUGAAAAAAGUAGUAUUACAUUCGUUAAAGAAGGAGAAUCAAAUAAUAGACCUGAUAAAAAGUCAAAAAGUAUGAGAGCUGGUAGUGUGGAUUUUCGUACCAACUCUAAUGGUCACCGCCCAGUUUCUUCUAUCUUUCCCAAUGAAAGUCCAAAAACUUCUGUUCAUAUUAAUUUUCAUAAUAUAGAACCACAGACCUCAGCUAAUACUUCUACCCAAACAUCAUCAUCAGCAAAAUUAGUAAGAAAGCAGACUAGACAAAGUUCCAAGGCGCUUUUAGGUACACCAGAUUAUCUUGCACCAGAGUUACUUCUUGGUAUUGGGCACACAACAGCGGUAGAUUGGUGGUCCCUUGGUAUAUGUCUGUUUGAAUUCCUGGUUGGAUAUCCUCCUUUUAAUGAUGAUACACCGCAAGUAAUCUUUAGAAACAUUUUAGACAAUGAUAUUCAAUGGCCACCUGAAGGAUUUUUGUCUACAGAAGCCAAAGAUUUUAUUUCAAAGUUAUUAAAUAAAACGCCUGAAAAACGACCUAGUGUAGAUGAAAUCAAAGCACAUCCUUUUUUUAACGGAAUUGAUUGGGAACAUAUUCGUCAACAACCGGCACCUUUCGUACCUAAUCCUGAAGAUGAGCAAGAUACAAGUUAUUUUGAGGCACGUAAUAAUCGAGCAGAUAUUCGUCGUCUUUCAGCAGGAAAUCUUGAUGACAUUGCAUCUGGAAGAAUAUCAUCAGAAAAUCGUAAAUCUGUUGCUUUUGAUGAUGAUAUUGAAAUUAAUUCACAGGUACUCAAUAACCAAGCACCUAAUAAUAAUACACCAUCACAUCUCGUAUUACAAACAAUUACGGCAGAACCUAUUGAAUGUAAUUCCUUGAAUUCACCAAUUUCGACACCUACAUCACGUAAUAAACCUGAUUUAACAAUCAAUACUCAUACACGCGACAAACGACAAUCACUUUUAAAGAAAAAAUCGACAUCAUCUCUUAAACCAUCACCAGUUGAAGAGACACCUGUUAGAUCUAUUCAAAAACGUAAACCAUCUUUAUUAAAGUUACCUACAGGAAAAUCGAGGAAACCAUCUAUAAGUGGUAUUAGUGACUGUGGCACACCAUUAUCAGCGUCCAGUACAUCUAGUAUGUCAAUGAACCAAAUAUCAGUAUCUACACCGGCAUCAUCAAUAAAUCCAUCAAGACUUUCAUCACUUGUUGGAUCACAAGAACAAUAUGGAUAUGGAUUUGAACAAACUAACACUCAUAAUGAAAUGUUAAAUGUUGUAGAUCAAAAAUCUAAUGAUGAUUCUGGAUUUGAUGGGUUUCUUUAUAAGGGUGUCUCAUUUUUAGGAGACUUGACCAGAGAUGUAUUAACAUCUGGAAAUGGUGGUGGUGGAAAUGGAAAUUGUUUAGCGAGAAAACCAUCUAUUGUUGAUAUCAAUAACUAA